UAAUUGUCAAACUCAAGUGACAUCUCGGGAAAUAUUUCUAUAUCAUUCUAUAUUGUCAAAGUGCACAGUACGCAAGAAGCAUUACCGAUAAUAAAAUAAUCAAUGUCAAGUAUUGCUGGAUAAAAUCUAACAAUAUGGGGAAAGAAAAGGCGAAAAAACGCCGGAAGUCGGAAUCGGAAGACAGCUCCGGUUCGACCAGCUCAGAUUCGGAAAAAGAAAAAAAGAAAUUGAAAAAACUAAAGAAAAAGCUCAAGAAGGAGCAAAAGAAGACUGAAAAGGUUUUGAAAAGGAGACUGAAAGAGGAAAAGAGACGGCUGAAGAGGAAACGCAAAGAAAAAAUCGAAAACCGCAAGAGUGACAGUGGUAGCAGCAGUGGUAGUGGUAGUGGUAAUGGGAGUGCCAGCGGCAGUGGCGAAGAGAACAGUGACAGAAAUGAACAACAGCCAUCCACCGAUAUUCCUCUUGAAUUAAUGGAAAAGUCUAAGGCAAUGGCUCCAAUGACCAAGGAAGAGUGGGAGAAAAGGCAGAGUGUUGUUAGAAGAGUGCUAGAUGAGGAGACGGGCCGCCACAGAUUAAUAAAGGGAGAUGGUGAGGUUAUCGAGGAAAUUGUCUCCAGAGAGCGGCACAGGCAGAUCAACAGGCAGGCGACACAAGCAGAUGGUGCAUUCUACCAGGGUGUAAUGAACAAGAAUGGUUCAUAAUUGUUUUGUUUUAUUUCAUGAGCUAUUUUAGACGGCACCUAAAAAUCAAGUCACUAAGUUUUUGAUUGUGCUUGUAAGUUCAAAUAUGACUAUAGUCUAAAAUUAUUUAAUAAAGGUAAGGUUAUUGA